GGGCAAGUAAUGGAGCAGGGCUGGAGACUCAAACUCCAAUCAGGCUGCUGGGAGAAUUCAGCAAACUCUAUAAGAACAGCUACUUGGGUAAUAGUAAAUCCUUAGGAAGGGUGCAUUUCACAUGAAGUUAUUCUAGGUGCUGGCUUAUAGUAUAGGUAUUUUUAAUGGAGUGGUUUUUGUUCCUUUUUCUUUUUUAAUUAUGUAAAGCAAUUUAGAAAUCAUUCUUACCGUACCCAGUGUAAAACCUUGAGGAGGAAAAUGUGCUGAUUGGAAGACUGAGUUUCCUAUCAUUGAACCAGUUGAUUUUCACCGGCUUCCACUAAGACUGGAUUUCUAACAAGGAAACUCUAAACAAGGACUGAUGAUCUCCAACCUGUUUGGAUGAAUUUAUCUGCAUGACCUUGUCACCAUUUUGCAGAUGGGUAUUAAAAGUGAAUUGCAAGGAGCAGUUUCAACAGAUAUUAAACCUCCCAUACGAAUUCAGUCUGCUUCCUACAGGACACUUUGCCAGGCACCCUUGUUAAUGACAUUGAUCUAUAAGCAUUCAAGAUGACUUUCGUCCAAGGUGCCAGUGACUCAAACAGAUAAUUUGAAUCUAAAUAUCCAGCUGUUGGGUGGCUUCAGACGACAGUUGAGGUGUUGAAAGAUUAACUCAGACACCUUCUGUGAAUGUGGGUUGAAGGCUUGCAGCAUGUCAAGGAAGACCAGAAAAGAUGCAAUGAACAUUCUGUAAUCAGGAAAAUGAGAGAAUUUCUUCAAGAACACAACAGAAACCUUUCUUUCCUGCAGCUGGAAGAUGUGGCCACAUGUUUUUGAUAUCUGGUUAAUUUAAUAAAGGACUCUCUGUCAGGCUAUCUGGUGACCUUGUAAAUCUUGUACCUGUGUGACAAAAGUGCCUUUGAAACUUGCAGUAAACAGUUCAUUCUCUGGAAAACCCAACUGUUGAAAAAAUCACUAUUGAAGAAUCAUGUCAAAAAACCUGGAGAUCAUCAAUUUGUCAUUUUUGUUGGAACAUGAGAGGGAAACAAUACUGGGAGUACUGAAGAGAGAUGAAUAUUUGAAAAAAGUGGAAGAUAAGAGGAUAAGGAAAUUGAAGAAUGAGUUGUUGGAAGUGAGACGAAAAGGUGGAAACCGUCAUUGCCGACAGGACCGCGGCAGGGUCUGUGUUCGCUGUCAGAAAAACCUGGGCUUAAUCUUUGACAGGGGGGACCAGUGCCAAGAAUGCAAACUCACAGUUUGCAACAAGUGUCGUGUUUUGGGAAUUGAUGAGAACUGGAAGUGCACUGUGUGUGCCAAGAUUGCACAGCUAAGGAUAGUGACAGGUGAAUGGUUUUUUGAGGAGAGGGCAAAGCGCUUCAAACAAUCCAACCUCCUUGGAACUGAUGUUGUCAGACAGUCCAUCCUACGCAAAGUCCCAGAUACUGUUUCCGGUAAGAAAGAAGGAGGACAAGAGAAAGAUCACACCCAGGAGACUGUAGCACAAAGGCCAGAUACCCCAGCUUCCUCCACAAGUGGGCAGAAAUCAAUAUUCAGUGGACACAGAAAGAUAGGGAAGGCCAUCAGGGCAGUGACCAAAGGAGAAAUCACCAAUGUGAAAGCUGAAGAUGGAAGAAGCAGCAGUUCAGAGGCUGAUGCCCAAAGUUUACGCAGUGUCAGGUCUACUCCCUGUUCUGACAGGGGGAGCACUCUUUCGCUGAACAACAAUGAUGCAGAGUCCCUUCCCGGUAACAUGAAAGGCACAGUGAGCUCUGGGUACCGAAGCAAUGCCUCCACUCCAGUCCAUCCGAGGUCACCAGCACUGAGCACACGCAGCAUGACUUCAGAUUAUGGCAGGCAGGACCCUGGUUUAAAAAAUGGUGCUUCUGUGCCUGCAAGUGAAAGUGUACCUGAAGAUUUAGUGAAGAGACACCAUAGGAAUGCAUCUGAAACACCUUCAAUAGCAGUUUCUAGGGCAUCUCUUGCAUCAGAUCUCAGCAAAUCUGAGAUAGAUUUGAGUGGGUCUUUCUCAGAAGAAAACAAGGAUGCUGUAAGCUUAAGAAGUAAAUCAGUACCAGAUGCUUUAGACCAGGACCUGGAUUACCUGGACGAGAUAGAGGAAGACCCUGAUGAUAUAGUGGCCUCUCAUUAUCUAAAACAUCGUGGACAUUUGGCAAGUGGAUUAUCAACAAACUUUCCUGAAGGCUCUGACAGGAAAUGCUCCUACUUAAAUGUACCUGACACAGAUGGUGAUACUACUAGCAUUAACAGCAUGAUGAGUGUUUACAGUGAAACUGGGGACUAUGGCAACGUGAAGGUCAGUGGGGAAAUACUUCUCCACCUCAGCUACAGCUACAAAACGGGUGCCCUCAACAUCCUGGUAAAAAACUGCAGAAACCUGGCCAUAGCAGAUGAAAAGAAGCAAAGAACAGAUCCCUAUGUCAAAGCAUACCUCCUGCCAGACAAAUCUCGCCAAAGUAAACGCAAGACCAAAAUCAAAAGCAACACCACCAAUCCAGAGUUUAAUGAAACCCUAAAGUAUGUCAUCAGCCAUACACAGCUAGAGACCAGGACCCUCCAGCUUUCUGUCUGGCACUAUGACAGAUUUGGGCACAACAGCUUUCUUGGGGAGGUGGAAAUUCCUUUGGACUCCUGGAAUUUUGAAAAUCAGACAGAUGAAUGGUUUGUGCUUCAACCCAAGCUGGAGGUUGCAGCAGAUGUCGGGCUUCAGUAUAAAGGAGAGCUGAUAGUUGUUUUACACUACAUUCCCCCUGAGAAAAACCUAAUGCUUCCCCUCGGACAGUUUCAAGGAAAGAAGAGCUUAAAAAAGGGAAAGAAAGGAAACACACAGAUGCCUUCUGGGGGUAUGUUGGAGGUCCUCAUCAAGGAAGCCAAGAAUUUAACAGCUGUGAAGUCAGGAGGCACUUCUGACACAUUUGUUAAAGGAUAUCUGCUCCCAGAUAACAACAAAGCAACAAAACAUAAAACUCCUCUAAUAAAGAAGAGUGUGAACCCCCACUGGAAUCACAGCUUCACUUUCAGUGGCUUGAAUCCUACGGAUCUACACAACGUAUGCCUAGAACUGACAGUCUGGGACAAGGAGUCACUCUCCAGUAACAUCUUUUUGGGAGGUGUCCGUUUGAGCACUGGAAGUGGUGUAAGUAACGGGAAGGAAGUCGAUUGGAUGGAUUCCCAUGGGGAAGAGCAGCACCUCUGGCAAACGAUGAUGGACAAUCCCGGAGUUUCUGUGGAAGGUAUAUUAAUGCUGAGAUCUAGCAUGGGAAAACGCAGACUCUGAGAACAAAUGGCUUGCACAAGGAUAAACUCCAGCUGUUUUGCUGACGUGACUCUUAACUGUUGUGGGGUACCACAAGGAUGCCUGGUGUUAAUGGAAUUCAGUCUGUUGUAACUUUGCACAUGCGAAAGUGGGGAAGAAAGACUCCUGUUUGCCUUGGAUUUUACGGCUCCAGAGGUGGAUUAUAAUGCAUUCUGCACUUUCGUGCAUCCGUAUUCUUAUGACAAUGCUCCUUACCCUAGUGAAACUCCUACUGAAAUCAGUAAGAAAGAUACCUGAAUAUAGUAUAUAAUUCAGGCUUUCUUUGUCUCAGAGACAAAAAUAUGGUCUACUAGUGUCAACAUCCAUGAAGAAUAUGGAGCAAGCAAAUGCUUUAGUCAUUUGAUGACUAAUGAUUAUUUAUGGUAUAAGCCAAUUUGAAGCAACUCAAAAGUUUGGUAUUUGAAAUGAGAUUAGAAACCACCAGAUUCCAAGCAGUCUGAAAGAAUAAUUAGCAACAUCCCUUCCCCCAGUUUACGUGUUCUGUUAUUUGAACUGUGCAUGACAGCAAGCCUUGCAACAAGCAUCACUACAAGAAAAGCUGAUACACUGCACACAGCAGCCAUUAUUUGGGUAUUUAGAAAUAGGCAGCAGAUGUGCGGAUAUAAAAUAACAGGAAUGCUGUACUCUGCAGUGAUGUGUGUGCUGUGUAUUUCAGUGCACCAUUCAGAAUGCAAGCUACGGUUCCCCCAGAUCAAAGAGCCUCUUAUGAAAACAGAUUAUUAUACAUCCCAUAGCAGCUUCCAGAACUAAGCACCGUUACUUAUGGCUGCAUUAUAACUUUUGCUUAUAACUCAUUUAAUAAUUCAGACAUCACUGUACAGAAGAGGAGAGAAGUUAAAACUUCUGUCAUAACUGAUGAGAUGUUGACAUUUACCCACAUGUGCUGUUUCAGGUUUAAUGGACUAAGUCCCAAUUCAGUAAAACAUUUAAAGAAAUGAUCUAAUUAAGCAUAUGCCUAACUGCUUUGCUGAAUUGGGGUUUAAAUGGAGAAGUGUUCUGAAUGGGUUGGAAUCCUAUUCAAGCAUAUCCUGCUGAUUUAUUAAUUAUUAACCAUGAUAUGAUUUAGAAUGGGAUUUUGCUGCUGAAUGUUACUAAUAUGAGUCCUUGCACUUAUAGUGCUAAUGCAUUUUAAUAUAAAAAUGUUGUCUUACGAUUUUAAUUAGUCCAUGUUAAAUGGCAUAGUUGUUCUAUAUUAAUUUGGUUUCCAAAAGUCUGCUUUGUGUGUAAUGAGAUCUGUCCUGCUCUCAGUACACACCACCAAUCUUAAAUUUUCUGCCUGCUAAGAACUAGACCCCCAUGUGUACAGAGCACAAUGUUUUCUAUACCUGCUUAUGGGCUGUAGCUGUGCUAUACAGCAGCAGAACCAUAGCAAGGAGAAUAAUUGAUCCUUACCAGAUAUAACAUGUACAGUAUUUGCAGAUUUAUGCGAUACACUAAGUUCAGCACUCUUGUGCUAUGGUGAUAGGUACCUUAUACAAACCUAAGAAACAGCAAUAAAUUGGGUAAAUUAUGUUUCAUCUCAAUGAUCCAUAAUUAAAAUUGUGCUCCCUGUCAUCAACAGUAAAUACAUCUACUGCUAUUCUCAUCCUUAAUUAUUUUUCAAGCAUUUUACUUUUGGGAGCAAGACAGUAUCACUGUGAAAAAUAUUUAGCAACCACAAACAAAAUAAACCAAUAAAAAAACUCUGUCGCCUCCACCCCAUAUAUAAGUACAGAUUCUCUCUCUGUUCUUUUUCUCAUGCGGUCAGAAUUCAGAACCUAAAGCUUUCUCUGAAGAAGAGUUAUCACAAUCAUGCUUAUUUGAGAGGUAAAAAUCCUGCCAUUCACAAUGAAACAGCAACUGAAGCCCCAGGUUUUAUGACAUGAAAUACUAAUGGCUAAAUAACUACAGCUUGUGUUUUGUACCUGAAACUGAAGAAAUGCCCUGUCCACUACAGUUAUAUCUCCCAUUUACAAUUGAGGCCAAAACCUUCAAAUUGUAUGUCUUUUCUCUCCUUUCUAAUCUUAUUUUUUCCUGUUUCUGGGUUUGGCUUGAGUGGCAUGAAACUGCUGAACAUGUCACAAGUUACCUGUUAAAAUAAUAAUGUACUAAUGUUAGGUGGAAAAUAUAUAUGUUUUUAAAUAUCCCUUUGUUUGCAUUACAAAGAACACCAUAGGUUACUAAAACAGAUUUCUAAAAAUCUAG